UGGAGGCGCCGGGCCCGCGCAGGGGCCUUAGGGGCGGGGUGAGACGGCCGCACUCCGGCAUCUGGACCGCAGCGGCGCCGGGCGUCCUCGGCUGGAGCAGGAGAUGCUCGGGUAGGACGGCCCUCCGCGCCGAGCCUCGCUCCCGGGUGCAGCGGGAGAAGCCGGUGUCCAGUCCCGAGGCCGACGGUACCCUACGUCCCCACGGAAGCCUCGGUGCGCGCUGGGCGCCGCGGUGUGAGCGUGGAAGGCUGGCGGGAACGGAUCCGCGCCGCCCGGGGCUGCUCCAGAUCUCCUCCCGGUUUCUCUGCGUAGUUUUGGUGCCUGCCCUGGAUCUCGCUCUGUAGACCACACUAGCCUCGAACUCACAGAGAUCCAGAGACCCUCCGGAGUGCUGGAAUUAAAGGGUCUCAACCAACUUUGGUGGGUAGAAGCUUACGAUCUGAGGAGGACCCUACACCUGGGAAGCCUGUCAUCAAAAGUUCCAGCAGUUUCCCCACCAGAAGUUGCCACCCCCAGUUAGGUGGGCACCGUCAUGCCUCAGCAGCUCCUGAUCACCCUGUCCACUGAGGCCAGCACCUGGAUGAAGUUGAACCAUCCUGGGAAGACCAAGGAGGGGCGCCCCCUGUGGGAAGUUGUGACAAAAAUGUUUGAAGGAGAAGCUCCGAUAUCCCAUGGUACUGAUGAUGGGAGCCAACGAGAAUGUUUAUCGGAUGGCGUGAGCCCCAGCGUCCCUGCAGCGGAAUCCCAGGAAGCGUUGACUUUCAAGGACAUAGCUGUGGACUUCUCCCAGGAGGAGUGGGGACAACUGGCCCCUGCCUACCGGGAUUUGUAUCGGGAGGUGAUGCUGGAGAACUACAGAAACCUGGUGUCAGUGGGAUAUCGACUCUCCAAGCCUCGUGUGAUUUCCCAGUUGGAGAAAGGAGAAGGACCAUGGAUGGCAGAGAGUCAAGGCCCAGAGGAUCCCAUUUUCGAUGAGAAAAGUAAACCAGAAACCAAAGAGUCAGCCGCAGAGUAUGACACUUCCCUCAAGUUCCCUCAAAGCACCAUGAUGGAAAGGCUCAUGGAGGAGGACACUGUUUGUUCUACAUUGACAAAAGCCUCCAGCUACGAUGAGACAUUAGAAAGGCACCAGGAAACCCGUAGGAAAGGUGGGAGGCGAGUUGUUUUGACCCACAAAAAGGGACAUCAAGAAGCGAACAAAUUCGGGGAAAACCUUGAAGGUUCCAAUGUUAUUUUAGAGCAGAAGCACCAUAAAUACAACCCCGCUAGGAGGAGGAACAAAUGUAAAUUAGAUUCAACUAACAGUCCAAUGAGCUGCAUAGGAGCCAGGCUGUAUGGGUGUAAUAUAUGUGAAAAAAUGUUCAAACAACCUAUUCACCUUACAGAGCACAUGCGAAUUCACACUGGUGAGAAACCCUUCAGAUGUAAGGAAUGUGGACGGGCCUUUAGUCAGAGCGCAUCUCUUACUACACACCAGAGAAUCCACACUGGAGAGAAGCCCUUUGGAUGUGAGGAGUGCGGCAAAGCCUUCAGGCAUCGCUCAUCGCUCAACCAGCAUCAUAGAAUUCACACUGGAGAGAAACCGUUCGUCUGUGAUAAAUGUCAGAAAGCUUUCAGCCAGAACAUCAGCUUGGUCCAACACUUGAGGACUCAUUCUGGAGAGAAACCCUUUAGCUGCCAUGAAUGCGGGAAAACUUUCCGACAGAUUAGACACCUCAGUGAACACGUAAGAAUUCACACUGGGGAGAAGCCCUAUGCGUGCACUUCCUGCUGUAAAACGUUUAGUCAUAGAGCAUAUCUCACACAUCACCAGCGAAUCCACACUGGUGAGAGACCCUACAAAUGUAAGGAAUGUGGGAAAGCCUUUAGGCAAAGGAUACACCUUAGCAAUCAUAAAACUGUUCAUACAGGAGUGAAAGCCUAUGAAUGCAACCGUUGUGGGAAAGCCUACAGGCACGAUUCAUCCUUUAAGAAACACCAGAGACAUCACACUGGAGAAAAACCUUAUGAAUGUAAUGAGUGUGGAAAGUCCUUCAGCUACAACUCGUCACUGAGCCGACACCAUAAAACACACAGGAGGAACUCUUGUCAAGACAAUGUCUAAAAAAUGAUACAGGCCAUGGGAACAAAAGCACCUCUAAAUUGGUGAAUCUAAGCUUUCAAAUUUCAGGACUCAGAUAAAUUUGAGAAGUUGAUAAUUAUUAAUAAUGGCAACUUUUAUUUUACCAAUAGCGUAAAUACAUGCUACUAUUGAUUACCACUGUCUCACGUUUGCAAAAUGAUAAAUUCAGCAUUAUGAAAAAUUCACAAUUUUUUUCUCAUUUCUGGUAGAUGAAUAAAUUAUUUCUUUAUGGA